UACAUCAACCUCUUAUCCACCUCUACCCUGUUCAAUCCCAUACAUAUACUGCCACACAUUUGAGCUUACACAGCGACAAAGGUUGUCUUCACACACAUACAAGUCACCACCAACAACUAUCUUCCUCAACUUCAACCAUCAAACCAAUAGUCAACAUGGCCGUCAAGGAGUACCAGCCUCUUGUCAACCACUGCUGCUCUUUCUGCUGCAAGGCAGUUGACUUCGGUACACACGACUACUGCCCUGUGGGCGCCGAGUGUGCUAGCUGCCCAUACUAAGACUGGCAUCUCAUUCUGAAGCCUAAAAGUCCCAGCUGGGGCUGAUCUACCCGAUUGGGCUGGCUGCAUUAUGCUGCAAGUCGUCUAAAGUCUGCAAAUAAUUCCACGCCAGCUCAAGUCCCACCUCCAACGAAAGUUCGUCAUGGCCGAUCCAUGGCGUCCUUGCUUCGUUGAUCUCGCUUCCUUCCCGUCAGCUUCAACCAGAUCUCGGGCGGAACCCGCUCUCCCAAGCCACUCAUUGGAUCACGACAAAUGACAAAACAGGGCCUCAAGGCUUCUCGUCCAAACACCCACAUCUACUACAACCGUCCAUCACAUCUCUCACGACGCUGCUCCUCACCGGCGAUGCAUGGCGUCUGGGAAAUCGAACAAACAAACAUUUCCCACCUCAUCCAAUUUCAACUGCGGCCAAUAAACAACAAUCGUCCUGCAGAAGCAAGUCUGAUCUACAGUACACCUCUUUCAACCGUACGACACUGCAUAUCAGAUACAUGAAACUCGUGCAUGUAUAUGCGGCUUGCUUGCUUGACAACCACCGUGUAUCUCUCAGCUCGGGCUCGACGGUCAAACGGCGGGAAAAGCCGUAUUUUGUUUAUGUCUCCUCUUAUCUGAUGGACGAGAUCACCUUCACCCCCACAACAUUUCCUCUAUCCACUUGGUUCCGUCCUUUUCGACUUGGGGCGUUCCGAGGAAUUUUCUUCAGUCAGUAUUUGCAUAACAGUUGCUUUUUUGAGUUGUGGUUGGGAUCGAGAUGGUGUUGUUGGGAUAUUUGCCUUUGUUUUUGGUUUUUACUGGCGGAACGGGCCCUUGGCUUGCUUCUUUGAAAUUUCCUUAUCUCCGUUAUCGUGCAUAGCAGAGUGUUGGUGUUUUUUUUUUUUUUUAUCUUACCUGCUUGGAGUAUGUUCGGAUGGCGCUUUAGGAAGGGAAUAUCUAUGCUCGGAAAUUUGCAACUUUGGAAGGAGUCAUGGAAAUCGGAAAGGAGAACCUUUGGUACCUAGUUAAUUCGCUGUUUGACUUUGUCAAUGUAACAUGAUCACUCGACAAUGUUAAUAUCUUUAUAACUAUG